AGAGUUACAAAGUCCGUUGGUUAGACCUGUUUUCCAACCUGCCACGUACGUAACCAACCUGUUUUAUCCUUAAUUAAGUCCGACAGAAGGUAGCUGAAACUUUGUUCUUCCACGGCGCGAGAAAUUUUCCCCCUGUUAGAAGGCUCUGCGAAAACUUCUGUGUGUUUCACAUCGAAACAAGUUCUUGCUAGAGGAGUUUUCUGGCUUCGAAGCUCGAAUUCAACUGCUGAUACGAAGCCUACCUGCAUCAGAAUGACCUGUGGUUCUGUGACAUGGAUAUUUCUCCUUUCUGUACUGUCCAUGUCUGCUGGAGAGCGGCAGCAGUACGCCAUGUACGUCUGGGCGGAUGGGUACGACCCGGGUGUGCCGGGCUGCACCGAGACAGACUUCCUGUCCUGGACAAACCCGUCCAUGAACAACAACCCCUGCUUCACGCACUCCUGGAACACACCUGAGAAAAGGCGGUGGCUAUGGAACACCUGUAACGCACCAGGUAGAGAAAUCAGUACAAUCUUCUUGGCUGGUCUCCAUCGCCUGUUGGAAGCCGGGUACAACAGUGACGACUGCAUGACUGACGGGGUGCAGCUGAUCAAGGCCACCUUGCGGGAUGGGUAUCAUCAGGUUCCCGGAUUGCAGGUGUACGCGCUCUAUGCCGUGAGUGACCUCGCAGUGUCCGAGCAGCUACUGGUCAAGCACGUGGUGUGGUACAACGACGUGUGCGCAGGCAAUCAGGAGAAGUUUGUGGGCGUGGCUACCAACAACGAAGCGUUUUCUCACGUCAAGUGUGGCACGCCACUGGAGAAGACGGACUACCUUCAAAACUUGGACAACAUCCGAGCUGAGGCCAGGAAGCAGACAACCGGGCAUCUUAAGGUGCACUAUUCGAUGUCGUGGCACUGGGGAAGGGCGUGUGAUCACGUGACGGAUAACGUCGUCCUCUCAAUUGCGCUAUCUAUCGAUUACUGCACAUAUUGCAAUAUAGUCUAUCUUUGUCAUCAGGUUGCUUACGUCACCCCUCCUGAGAUGGCCAGGCGCGCGAAGCUGGCUGACUAUGAUUACGCAGUUACCCAAGGGAAGAACAUCUUCAUCACUUCCUAUACUGAGAAGGUUGAGCCAUGCCAGAUCACCUUCUUCCCACAAUCCUGUGCGCCCAUCUACGGCGGGAAGUCGGAGGCGGCCAUGUUUGCUGCGUACGACCAGCUGGUGAACCACGGUGUGGGGAAUGCUCGACCGUGCAUCGAAUACUACAGGGGGGUUUACUGUAGCGGGGGAAACUCGGAUUGGCCUAGACAUGAUUCCGGUGUUCCCGUGGACCUGCCCGACCCCGCCGUGUCAGGCCCAGACCAGACGGUGAUGCUGACAGACUGUGGUCCCGGCUCCUACUGCAAAUGCUGGCUGGACCCUCCCAUGUGUCAGGGCACGGACCUUCCCUGCCAGUGUCAUAACCAUGACUAG